GCCAAGACGCUGAUCUCAGGAUGUUGCCGUCACUAGUCGUGGUGUCGCUAGUGGUGGCGUGUGGUUGCAGCGACUUAGUGUGGUCCUUACCGGAACUAUCAGACACAAACACAACAGACAACAGGAUUACAGCUCACUCAGGACGUGACGCCAAGCAUCGCGUGACGCGAAGCGAUGUACGCGCCGCCUUGGGGAACAAACUCGACCCUGGUUUCUGGCCAGCCCGUGGCCGGAGAAGCGACGCACCGCCUUUCUGGGCCAACAGAGGGAGAUCUCUGCGGCAGAAGUCGCAGGGACUGCGGCCCUACUGGAGACCCGGCACCCUUCGCGAAGACAGAGGUAGACUACGUCUCGAGCUACCGCUGUACGCUGAACAACCUCGCUACAUACUUCUGGACAGACGUGAUGAUCCAGAUGAUUCCACAGACUCGAGCGAGCCUUUCACUAAUCCACAGGACCCUUUCUGGGUAGCUCGAGGUCGGCGAGAUCGCGAGCCCCUAUAUGCUUCAGAAAAAGAGGACUCACUCUGGGCAUCGAUGCAAGGACUACACGGACUUCUGUCCUCUGAAGAACCCUUUCGGGAAGGAAAAAUUCCGCGGGCAGAAACUGAUUUACGAGAGUUGAUUGAGGAGCCGUUUUGGUCAGCCAGGGUAAGGAGAAGUAGCUUCAAAUUCCUGGAUGAUUUACGAAGCAGGUAUGGUCUCCUGAAUGGACCUUAUUGGUCGCCUCGCGGUCGUAGAUCAACCAAUGAGGAUUUGAGAAACACACGGGGCUUUCUUGAAUCAUUAUCCGCUGAAGAACCUUUCUGGGCAGCACGCGGCAAGAAAUCCAUUUUACAAGACGCCGGCGGAAGCGGACUACAGGAGCUGACGUCUGCUGUGAAAUCUUCUUGGUCAGGAACUCCGAAAAGGUCAGCAGCUGACGAAACUGAUGAUACAUAUGAGCUCACCGAAUCAAUGUCUGCUGAUGAACCUGUUUGGGCAGCUCAGGAUUCUAGGAGCAAACGUAGUCUCUUGGAAUCCAUAUCUGUUGAACAGCCUUACUGGGCCGCAAGAGGAAGGCGAACUGACGAAGAAUCAGAAGAGAAGAGGGGUACAAGGGUUAGUUUCCGGGAAUCUCUUUCAGCCGAAGAACCUUUUUGGGCAGCAAGGGGGAGACGAGGCUUCCUGGAAUCCUUGUCGGCUGAGGAGCCAUUUUGGGCCGCCCGCGGUAAGAAAGAGUCUCCAAGGAUGACGUCACCGUCUCCAGAAGAUUUUCUAUCCCAGAUUCGAACCCGGGAAAUGUCGUCAAAAUCCGACCCCUGGUGGCCUGUGAGGGGAAAGCGGGUGGCAGAUACCGACACAAACCCGGAGGACGAGCGCUUUUGGCGCGCUCUGGAGAGCAAGACGCGAAACAACACACUGAACCGGAGCCGAACCUCGUAGAGAACAUGGCGCCUCGUAACGUAAUUUCUUAAUAUUGUACGAUGGUGUUUGAA